AUGGAAAAUCUGAGCAAACAACAUUGGAAUGCGGUGAAGUGGAUUUUCCGGUAUUUGAAGGGCACCAAGAAGCUUGGGAUCUUGUUUGAAAGACAACAAAGAAAGGCAUAUGCAAUGGGUUAUGUGGAUUCAGAUUAUGCGGGAGACAUAGACAAGAGGAGAUCCAAUAUGGGGUCUAAGCAUAUUGAUAUACGGUACCACUGGAUAAGGGAUUGGGUGAACGAUGAAGACAUUGCAAUAGAGAAGAUUGAGGUGGAGCUAUUGGGAAUUACUACAACUGUUUCCAAGAGGAAAAGGGCAGUCCAACAAGUUGAAGACUUAUUGAAUGGGCUCUGGAGCUCGAGUGGAAACUACAAGCUCUCGAGCGGUAGAGAUAAGGUUUUUGUCCAAGCGAAAGUGCUUGAGCGCCUGCUCGAGCAGCAGAACUCAUACUCGAAUAGAUGCAAGCACUCGAGCUACGAAGUGGCACUCAACUAG